UAAAUUACUAAAUAGACUCUUCACUCUAGACCCUACUCUCUAGUCUAGAAAUACUAGAUCCAGAUCUAGAUUCUAGAUCUAGAAUAAUUAAGACUGAGAUUGAAUAGUUAGUCUAAGUUUAUAUUACUUUGUUUUGAUCUGACUUGGACACAAACUGUUGCCAUGAAAUCCCCAAUAGCAACAAAGUCAUGCAGUGCAUCACAGUGUAACGAUGUUAAUAAGGUUUCUAGUGCCAGCAGAGAAGGUAGACAUUUUAACUCAGUCAACUCUUACUCAGAACAAACUAAUGGUCAUUUUAGAAGCAGACAAGAGGAUAGAAGGACUAAUUCAGAGAAGUACCAAGGCCAAUGCAGAAAACAAAGCUACACCACAAACAGAUCUCAGAAAGAUCAUUCUCUCGAACCACUUAAUUCCACAAACAGAGCUCAAAAAGAUCCUCGUAGAGAACCUAGUUGUUCAACAAACAUGUCUCGCAAAGAUCACAGAGCACCAAGUUAUACCAACAGUUCUCAAAAUGUACACAGCAGUCCUUUUAGGACAAGAAAUAGGGAUUUUAAUAGGCGUUCUCCACAGUUUGAAAAUCAUUCUACAUCAUCUAAAUCUUAUGUGUCACUUAGACAAAGUUACCAUAAUAAUGUAGAGAAAAAUGAAAGCCCAAAGUCUCUAGAUAAAAACACAGUUUCUCAAGGUAGAAGCAGAGAUUUUAAUAGAUCUAGUCCUAAGUCACUAGAUAAAAGUUCAGAUUCUCAAAGUAGAAACACAAAGUCAUUGGACUCUCAAAGUAGAAAAAAUGAUUACAAACCUUCAGAGGAUUGGGAUGAAGAAUGUACAAAGGUUAAAGGAAAGUGCUAUGUUGAUGGUUCUUUGAUGGAGGGACUAAAUCAGAAGCAGAGUGAUUCUUCAUCAGAUCAACCAUAUUUAAGUGGAUACCAAGAUUUAAUAGAUUCAAGAGAAAGUUUUGUGCCUUCAUCAUAUCCGCGCAAUUUAAGACCAUCAAGUGCUAAAAAUAAACUUGUGUCAGAACCAGUCAAGCUAGAAAAGGAAAUAGAAAAAAAUAAACAUGUUAUAAAAGAUAGUGGCACAAUCAGUAAUAGUAGCCCUCCUAACAAAGAUGUCAGUGAAAGUGGCACUCAUUUAACUAGAUCUCACCGACCUAGUACUUUAUGCAGUAGAUCAAAGCCCAGAUAUUUUUAUAAUGCUGUUGAAACGCAACAAGAAACAGCUGCUGAAGCUACUACCAACAUAUCUCAAGUGGCCAUACUUAUUUCUGACACCAAUAAUGAGCUAAAAGAGAGAUGCAUCUAUGAUAGUUGUUCAGAAGUGAGUAGUGACUUUGGAGCAGAACUAUGUUCUCAGAGUGAGGAUGGCGAGGUAUUUGAACCACGAGAUUGUCAUAAGAAAUUCAAUGAAAAGCGAAAUAACUAUAAAAGACCUAAACAUUCUAAACCUGUCAUGGAAAAUGUGCAGCCUCCACAAUGCUUUCCCACAGAAGUGAUAAGUUUGCCUGCUUCAACUUUUGGGAACAAGGAGUCCAUGGACAAAAUUUUUCAUUUUAUGAAAUCCUGCUCAUCUAAGAUGACUGAUUUUUUGGGUAGCAGACCAGAGAUGUUGCUUAAUGCUUUGAUAACUGUUAGUAUUCCAGAUCGUACCUGUGACAUUGCUAGUUGUUGUAAGGCUCCCAAAGUAUUCACUCAUUGCUGCCAUGAUCAUUGGAAGCACGCAUGUGUGGCAGAGCACCAGUCAGCCUUAUUGCAUCACAGUUAUCCUCCUCUUACAUCACUCCCUCCUCCAAUGCCGUAUUUCACAGCUCCUCCUUAUCCGUAUUGGCAUUGGGGUUAUUGGCCAGAAUGGCAUCCCCCUCCUCCUUCGAUGGUUACUUCUGCUAACCAGAUUUCACCAUAUGAUUAUUAUACAUCUGGCACAGAACCUUCACAUCAUUCACCUGAUGCAACAUUUUUCCAGGAUAACAGCUCAUCAAGGCUUGGACUGGAGACAGACAGAGUUGAAGACAAAUAUAAACACUUUGUUAGUGACACUCAAAGAAAAAUGGAAGAAAAGAAUAAUGUAUCCCAGAAUACAUUGACUGGACAGACAGAAGUCAGCAGUCUGGCAGAAAGAGGUUCUUUGUAUCCAUCUAAAAAAACAAGCUGCUCUAGUGAUAGCAUUCCAAGUGAAAAUUCCAACAGGGCCAGUAAAUCAAGAUCAAGUCAAAAUUCUACUCAAAUUAUGAAUUUGGAAGAACAUCCAUUUAACAGUAAGGAAAAUACACUCCUACCAACUCCUUCUUUUGGACAAUUUAAUAGUUUUACUGAAGUAAAUAACUCUAAUUCAGCUGCUGACAAUGAACAGCUUUUUAGCCAUAGUCAGUAUUUUACAGAAGAAUAUAGAUUACCUGGUGAAAAUAAACUUUGUUCAGCUGCACUCAAUGAAAAACAAGUAGGUCAAAGUCAACAUUGUGAUGAAGCAUAUGGUAUCAUUGAAGACAGCAAUACUGAUUUAACUAUACACAAUCAAAAUAAAAUUCAUCCAAUUGAACAUUCUAUUGAAGAGUAUGGCUUAACUGAAGACAGUAGCAUUGAUUCAGCUGUACAUCAUCAGAAUACAUUUAGCCAAAGCCAACAUUCUGAUGUUCAUGGUUUCAGUGAAAACAGCAGCUUUGAGUCAAGUGCACACACUCAAAAUAAAUGUAGUCAAAGUCAGCAUUCUGAUGGUUUUACUGAAGAUAGUAGCAUUGAUUCAACUGCAAACUAUCAAAAUAAAUCUAAUGAAAGUAUUUAUUCUAAUCAAGCAUAUAGUAGUACACAAUCCAAUGAAGCCUUUGGUCUUACAGAAGUAAAUAAUGUCAAUGCAACUACACAUGUUCAAAAUACAUUUAGUCAAAGUCAGUAUUCUAAUGAAGCUUUUGCUUUGACUGAAAGGCAUAGACUUGCUAUUCAGUCCCCAAGUCAGUAUGCACCCUACAACUUGUAUUCACAUACCACUAAUAGCUUAUUACUGAUUCAGAAUAUCCAAACAGCAAAUAGAUAUAGAGAAGCAGGAGCAUUACACCCCCCUGCCCUCACUGAAAAUAGCUUCCCAUCAGCUCAUGAUUACAUGAAGGCCUGGACUGAUUCAUCAACUUGGAGGACUCCUGUAGCCAAAGAAGAAAACAGAUAUUCAGUGAAUCAGAUGGCUUCUACUGAUGUUGAUCCAUUACAUCAAGGUUAUGCUACUGCCCAGCAUGCUGGCUAUGAAUCUGUACCACCACAAACUAUCUAUACAGCAGAGGUCAAAUCUGACAGCAGAAGUAGUUUGAAUGCUUUUGUACAAGAGCAUAGCAAACUAUUGUCACCUGCCAAAAACAAUCAGGAGAAAUCAGACUCAGACAAACCUUUUCAGACUGGGCUACUGUACAAAAAUCAGUUCAAAUCCAAGUACAAGCUGGGGUCAAAUCUGAGUAUUUUACGCAAGCCAUUUCAUUUCACCAAUUAUUUGCCUAGAAUGGCCAGUUGUUUUGUUUCUAAGUUGAAAGGAUCUGAUUCACUCAAUUGGCGGAAAGACUGUAAGCCACUUGACAGUGUAGAGUCAGGCACAGUGAUGGAUAUUGAAAGUAAUCCUGAAACACAGAACACAGAAUCUAGUAACUAUGAAACAACUUCCUACAAAAUUAAAAAUUCUGAAUUGAUUGCAUGGCCUUCUUCUGAUGAUUCUACAAGUUCUGAAGCUCUAAUGAAAUGGGCUAAUGAUUUUGUCAGCAGAAGUAAAACUUAUACACACAGAUUUAUCGACAGCCACUGCCACAUUGAUUUUCUGUAUCAAAGGCUAAAGGAAGCUAAUACUCCUUUCAAGAAAUUUAGAGAAGAAAAUGCUCAUUUCUUCCCAACCAACUAUGAGGGUUGCUUGGCUGUCUUCUGUAACCCAAGAACCUUUUCUUCUGAAAGAUGCCAGGAUACCAUAGUAAAUCUAUUAUCUGAAGAAGAAGGUGUCUGGUUCUCAUUCGGAUGUCAUCCUAAAAAUGCUGUAGAAUUCACUGAAAGCCAUGAAGCUGGUCUCAGAAAGGUUUUAAGCCAUCCCAAAGUUGUUUCCCUUGGGGAGAUAGGACUGGAUUAUUCUGGAACAUUUAGCCAGAAUGCUGAAACCCAAAAGAGAGUCUUUAGAAAACAGUUAUUAAUUGCCCUGGAACUGAAACUUCCAUUAGUUAUACACUGCAGAGAUGCUGAUGACGAUUGCUUAGAAAUUCUUCAAGAGCUUGUUCCACGAGACUACAGGAUCCAUGCCCACUGCUUUACUCGCAAUAUGGGUGUAGCUGAACGCUGGUUGGACGCCUUCCCCAACUUGUUUAUUGGUCUGACCCCACUCAUCUCCUACAGGUCUGCUGUUGACGCAUGUAACACUGCUUGCCACAUUCCACUUGACAGGCUUUUGCUAGAAACAGAUGCUCCAUAUUUUGUUCCCAGAUCAAAACAGAGAAAUGAAUUGAAAUUUUCUUAUCCUGGAUUUGCUUUGAUCACUGCAGAAAGAAUUGCUGAGUUAAAAGGCUUACCUGUGGAUUUCAUACUCAAGGCCUGUAGGGAAAAUACAAGAAAAAUGUAUGGAAUCUAAAAAAAAAAAAAAAAAAUGAUGACGACUUAUGAUAGACUGACUAAGAAUAAGAAUUUUUUAGCUUUUUUCCCCUCAUGUAUUUAUUUUUAUGCUUGCACUUAGUGUUUGGCAAGAAUAGAAAGUUGUUAAAAUAGGAUUAAAAUUAGGAUAGCUUAAUAUACAUUCUAAUUUUGUGACAUAUGUUCUAAAUUAUGCAAUAAUGAUCCUAAAACCUAUUGACAUAAUCUCAUCAUUUUACAUGAUGUCCAUCUCCAACCCAUGUCAACAGU